UAUAAACACACAUUGGAAGCUCGCUGUGCGACUCGAACUCACAUUGAGAAACUGUAUGUGAAGAGAGAGAGAGCAAGAGCGCAAGAGAGAGGUAGAGAGUGAAACCGCAUCAGAAAAGGGCUAGCGAGACGCACUACAGUCAUCUGAAGAUUUUACUGCUCAUAGGCAUCAAACUUCGGAGGAUUAUUUCUUUCAUUUAUUUCUGCGUCUUCCUUAUGACCAUUACUUGAAAUUGAGUGCAUUUAAAGAGAUUAUAUCGAGUUUUCCUGUAAAAUAUUUUUAAAAUAAUAACUAAAACCAAUGUAUUAUUAUUAUUAUUAUUCAAAAAGUAAUUAAAAGAGUUUGGGAUUUAAAACAAAAUUUUCAACUCAAGUUUGACAAGUUCACUCCAAAUUUACAUUUUUAAUUUAAAAUUCACGGGAAUAUUGGACAGCGAUUUACAAAAUCUAAAAUGAUAUACAAACAUUUAAGAUCGAUUUGUAAUAUCCAGCAUUCUGUUAAUUAAACACUUCAAUUUAUUCAUUACAGAACUUUGUUGCGUUGCCUUUUGGUGAGAGAAUCUGCUCAGCUAUUUUUGCUUUUCAGAAUAAUUGUAGCAGCAAAUCAUAUCUAACACAGUAAGUCACUCAUAUAUCCUACUCCUGAGAAGGCUUAACCACUGUAGUGCUCAUCACUCCAAAGAGGUCUUUGAAAACAGCCCCCGGACGUUCACAGCCAUGCUCUUCGAGAGUUUUGACCUGGUCUCGGCGCUGGCGACGCUGGCUGCGUGUUUAGUGUCUAUGGCACUUCUUCUGGCCGUGUCCCAGCAGCUCUGGCAGCUGAGAUGGACCGCAACACGGGACAAGAGCUGCAAGCUGCCCAUGCCCAAGGGCUCCAUGGGGUUCCCCAUCAUUGGAGAAACAUGCCACUGGUUCUUUCAGGGUGCAGGUUUCCAUGCAUCAAGGAGGCAGAAGUAUGGGAACGUAUUCAAGACCCACCUGCUCGGGCGGCCGCUGAUCCGGGUGACGGGGGCAGAGAAUGUGCGUAAAGUUCUGAUGGGAGAGCACAGCCUGGUCACUGUGGACUGGCCCCAAAGCACCAGCACUCUACUGGGUCCCAACAGUCUGGCCAACUCUAUAGGAGACAUCCACCGCAAAAGGAGAAAGAUCUUUGCUAAAGUCUUCAGUCAUGAGGCUCUGGAGAGCUACUUGCCCAAGAUCCAGCUGGUCAUUCAGGAAAACCUGCGGGUGUGGAGCUCCAAUCCUGAGCCCAUCAACGUGUACCGUGAGUCCCAGCGGCUCUCCUUCCACAUGGCGGUGCGUGUGCUCCUGGGUUUCCGCGUCUCUGAAGAGGAGAUGCGCAGUCUUUUCCACACUUUCCAAGAUUUUGUGGAGAACGUUUUUAGCCUUCCCAUCGACCUGCCGUUUAGUGGUUAUAGGAAGGGUAUUCGCGCAAGAGACUCACUCCAGAAAAGCAUAGAAAAAGCAAUCAGAGAGAAACCACUCCACACACAGGGGAAAGAUUACACCGAUGCUCUUGAUGUGCUUCUAGAAAGCGCCAAGGAGAACAACACAGAGCUUACGAUGCAGGAGCUGAAGGAGUCCACAAUUGAGCUGAUCUUCGCUGCUUUUGCCACAACAGCCAGCGCCAGCACGUCUCUGAUCAUGCAACUGUUGAAACACCCUCCAGUGCUGGAGAAGCUGCGUGAGGAGCUGAGGAGUUGCGGUCUGCUGCACGACGGCUGUCUAUGCCAGGGUGAACUACGCUUGGACAGCAUCUUUAGCCUCAAGUACCUGGACUGCGUGAUCAAAGAGGUCCUGCGUCUCUUUGCCCCCGUGUCCGGAGGUUAUCGCAUUGCCACGCAGACCUUUGAGCUCGAUGGUGUACAGGUACCUAAAGGUUGGAGUGUCAUGUACAGCAUCCGCGACACCCACGACACCUCAGCUGUGUUCAAGGACGUGGAGGCCUUUGACCCAGACCGGUUCAGCCCAGAGCGUAGUGAGGAUCGCGAGGGCCGCUUCCACUACCUGCCCUUCGGCGGCGGCGUUCGCUCCUGCCUCGGCAAGCAGCUGGCCACUCUUUUCCUCAAACUCCUGGCCGUGGAGCUGGCUGGAGGGAGUCGCUUCGAGCUGGCCACGCGGACAUUCCCACGCUUGAUUUCGGUCCCCGUGGUACACCCCACCGAUGGCCUUCGUGUAAAAUUCUUCGGCCUCGACUCCAACCAGAACCAGAUCAUGGCCAAGCCGAAAAACAUGCUAGAUGCCACCGUGUGACAGACUGAGAACUAACAGACUUCAUAUUUGGAGCUGUCACCUGAAGUUCUGUAAAAGACUCUCAUUUGCCAAAAAUGUAUAGUCUAUCAUUUGUAAAGAAGUAUAUCAUAAAUAUAUAAAUUUAACUGAACGUAUUGCUACAUCAGGAGAGCACAAGAGGAAGGUUUCCGAAAAGAAGACAGAUCCGGAGGGUUAAAGGGACAGUCAUAUAAGCCGAUGUAGAUUUCACAGGGUAUGGCCAGUUCUGCUUUAACCAGCGCAGGACGGCUCUGGAGGAAUCAGUCUUGAAAUAGUUUGAGAUGAGUGUUUUUUGUUUGUGUGCAAGUGUCUGGAUGGUGUGUUCAUUUAUAUGUAUAUACAGUAUGUGUGGUGUGUGUGUGUGUGUAAAUACACAACAUGUUUUUCUCGUGCAAAUGUGUGCGGGUGCCUGUUUGCGUGCGUGGACAGGUUGUUAUUCAGCUAAGGUAUUAGCAGUUAGAGUAGGCAGUGUAAACUAGAAUGAAUGGGAUGACUGUGUAAUUUACUCAGGUGUGUUAGCAGUACAGAAGGAGCUUUCAGACUAACCCAGUACUUGUUAUACAUGCUCUGUACAUAAGUGACAAUUCAUAAUAUUCUUUUUAAGAGAGCGUGAAAAGGAGGCGAGAGAUGAAGAGAGAUAUAUAACUAGACAGAGAUUAUGAGAGAAAAUUAACCUGUGCAGGCUCUCAAAACAAGCUAUAGAGGGAAUGAGGGACUCAUUCCUGCUGCAAAUUUUUAUAUCUGAAGACAUUUAUGAAAAAAAAGUCUGUCGUAAACUGUCGUAUAUGCUGCUUUGGGAGUCGCUUUUUAUUUAUAUGAUGGAGCAGAGUGCCAACUGACCUCUGCUGCUCCACAUCAAUAUAUGAAGAAAUUAUACUGAACAUGCAGUAGAUGAUGGUGGAACGGAGUGGACAAUCAUCAGUCAUUAACUCAAUAAACCACCAAUCAGGAGAGUUUCUUGAGAUGCCUCUGAAGGGACUUUAAAAGCGGUUGAGUGAGAGGCAAUAGGAUUCCCCAGUGCGGGUUCUUCUUUCACUUCCUCCACAGGCCACGCAAAGGACUUUUCUUUGAUAAAAUAUGCCACUGAUCUUUUUUUUAAUGAAUUAAUGAAUGGAUGAAUUAAAAUAAUGUCUGCUGCUUUCAGUGUACCAUUUUUCGAACAGAGAGUAGAUCGCUACCUUCAGCUACAGUUUUGCUAUUUCUAAGCAAAUGUGAGUGCACAAGGAAUUUCACCAAUUAGAAAGCCAUGGGUAAAGCAUAUUUGCAUUGUCUAAUAUCCUAAUAUUCUUGCUAUUAAUAUUAUUAUUGUAAUAAAUCUUAUUUUAAGUGCUAUUUUUGUUAUAUUUCAGAAUAGAGUUCUAGUAUAAGUAAAGUCUGUUGGUAAAUACUGUUCUAUUUAGAAUGAUAUGGAUUUCAGUUAUACUAUAUUGUACACUGUUUAAAUGUUAAUAUGUUUUUUUAUGUUAUUGUAAUAAUUAUAAUUUUUGGUUAUCAUUAUUAUCAUUGCAUUUAGUUAAUAUUAAUAAACAGAAGCACUUGCGAGGUAUGUUUAUUUUGAGUGCCAUUUGACUACAUGUUCUGAUUGUUGAGUUUGUCUGUACAUAUAUUUUAUUCCUUUUUACAAAUCCACAUUUCACUUAGUUCAAAUAUGAAUGUUUCCCCCUUUUUUUGUUACAGUGAUUCUUAAAUGUACUUGGUAAUUUUAUAAACCCUUGUAAUAAACUAUAAUGUGAAAAUCA